AUGAGCACGGACGAAAUCUUGUCGACGAGGCCUGCGCAGACAGCCUCCUCGGCCUCGGCCAGUGAUGUUGCCGCCCUGACCGCCGCUCCUGGCGACAGCGACACCGCAGAGUCUCCUCCGUUGGCCGCCAGCUCGGCAGCCUCGGCGGCCAAACGCAGCGUCUUGAACUUGGCAUCCGUGGUCCAGAACGGCUUGGUGGGCGCCGGCGGGAUGCGCAUGCCCGUGAUGACGUGGCCGCUGCAGACGUCCGUCUUGCCCUCGAUGCAGGCCCCGAUCAGAGCCAGAACCUCGGCCUCGCAGAUCGUUCUUGGCCACCUCCGCGGCGCGCUCGGCGUCACCAUCGGCGAGGUAUCCAGCGUCCGACACGGCCGUCAGGUCCAGAGACGCGGCGGGCAGUCCGGCGGCAAGGCGAUGCUGCACCAGGGCGUUGAGAAAUGUGUUGGCGGCGGCAUAUGCGGCCUGACCUCUGUUGCCGACGGCACCGGCCGCGGACGAGAUGGCGAUGAAGAAGUCGAGAGGGGACGAGUUGGCGGCAAGGGCGUGGUGGAAGUUCCAGGCGCCUGCGACCUUGGACUCGAUGACGGUGGUGUAGUCGGUCUGCUUGACCUGACCAGUGGCCGAACCGCUGCGGGAGAGAAGGACAAUAUUGCCGGCACCGUUGUCGACCAUCCACUUGGCCAUGCUGCGACCGAGACCACCGGUUCCACCGAUGAGCAGGUAGGUGCCGUCAGGUCGAAGGAUCUUCUUGGUGACCUUGGAGGGGGUGGCCUGGAAGAGACGCAAAAGUGGAAUGGAUGCAGGCAAACUUACCAUGACCUUGUCGUCGGCGCCCAAAACAACGACCGACUUUCCGAGCGAUCCCUUGGCGCCCUUGAUAGCAUCUUGGACCUGCGACACGGAAAAGAUGGUAGCUUCCACCGGAGCAGCCUGACCUUGGCCGACCAGCUUGGCAACAUUGUCAACCAGCCUCUUGAGGAUGGCAGGACGCUCAGCGGCCAGGCCCUGAAUGUCAACGUUGACAAACGAUGCGUUGCUGGGCCGAUGAUCAGUGCUCAGAUCAAGACGAGACGAUCCCUCGGCGACGUUGAUAAGACAGCCAAACCUGUCGAGGCAGCCCCAACUCUCGCCGACGACCUCGGCGGAAAGGACAACAUCUACACCCUGACCGGCCGUCGCUUCUCGGAUGGCCGACCCAAAGCCUGCACUGCGGUGGAAAAUGAAAUCCUCAGACAGGGAGAACUUGGUCAUGAUCAGCUUCUUCUCGGUGGCCGAGGACACGGUGACAAACACGUCGGCUUCGUAGAGCUGGGCAAGGCAGACGGCCGCUUGGCCAACAGCACUGGCAGCAGAGUGGAUGAGGACACGCUGGCCGGACGAAAGUCGACCCUGCUCCAUCAGAGCAUGAUAGGCAGUCACAUAGGCCAGCGGCAACGUCGCGGCCUGGGCAAAGUCCAUAGCCUGAGGGAUCGGGAUGACGUGGGCCGCCGAAGCUCUUGUGACGGUCGAUUGCUGAGCAUCACGGGCAUUCACACCGACAGCCUUGACUUCAAACUCGACCUCGUCGGCGCCAAGAGUGUCGACCACGGAGUCGUCGACAAAGUGCAGCGUCUUGCCACCAACUACUCUCAACUGGCGACCCUCUUGAGCAAACGGCUGCUGCUCGAGUAUGUCGGGGUUGGUGCGCUUGUGCACGUAGGCGUUGGUCUCGGCAUCAUCCAGGAUCCUGGGGGUGAACAGCUUGCCGCCGCGCUCCAUAAACUCCAUCUCCUUGGUUGCGCUCAAGCCACCGUUAAAGGCAAUCUUGAACACGUCCAGAAUGGACUUGGCAACAUGGGAGUUGGCGGCUUCGGAAGCGUCCAGAUCCAGCGUGGCAAACGGCAGCAGACCCAUGAGCUUCUGCACGGCCUCAAACUGCUGCUCGGUCGGGUCGGCAAGGAAAGGCAUGUCAAUCUCGGUCAAGACGAUGCAGACCUUGCCCUCGGUCUCGAUGUGACCCAGUGUGCCCAUGGCCACUGGCGAGGUGGCCGUCGCCUUUUCGAUCAUGUCGGCGAGGGCCCGGGCAAGCGUGUGCUGGAAGGCCGUGUCGCCGUGCACGAUGACAAUCUCGGCCUCGGGCAGCGCGCUGGACGAUUCAGCAGGGGUGCCGUUGACGAGGGCGGGCUUCAGCACCUGCUCCCACUCGAGCUUGUAGCAAAGCUCGCGCGGCGAGCUCGAGUCGGUCUCACCCUCACCGUCGAUGAUGGGCGCAACCUUGAGAUCCUCAAGCUCGACGAGCAGCUGACCGUCCUGGGUGGUGGCCAUGACGGACACGCUAGUGGGGCGGGGCUCCUCGGAAGGCUGGGCAAACUCUGCCUUGCCAAAAGCCCGAAUUGUCUUGCCCGGGGCGUUGGUGUGAGCUGUCACCUCGCGGGAGAUGGAAACCUUGCCGACCGAGGAUGGCAGGUAGACGGUGUCCGGAGAGGAGCGACCAGCGCCGAGGAUCGGCCAAGACUCGAGGACGCUUGGGUGCAGCACCGACUCGGUCAUGUAGUGAUUGGGCAUGUCGACGGCGAUGUCGGUGGCAACAAUAUCGGCGGAGGCCUUUGCGUUGGAAGCCUUGCAUGCCUUGACGCCCUGGAAAGCAGCACCAAAAGUCACGCCCAGCUCCUCGAGACAGUUGUACAUGUCGGCCUCGGCAACAUCGACGGCGUCGUCAUCGAUGCUGGAAGCGGCUUCUACCCUGCGGCGAACAGCCUGCUUUUGACGGUCACCGUCGACCUCGUUGUCGUCGUCCAACAGCGUGGCAACCUCUCCCGUGCAAUGCUCAGCCCAGCCACCGUUCUUGGUCCAGCUGGCAAUGCGGAACUGCCUCCACCCAGCCUGGUGCUUCUGGGCGUCCGAGUGUGGCCUCAGGCUUAUGUCCAUCUCGACAUCGCCAUCGCCCAUGGCCAAGGGCUUGGAGACGACAACGCGGCGCAGCUCGAACCUGUCGUACUUGGCCUCCCUCCUCAGGGCCUGCUGGGCGGCAGCCUCGAGGGCCAUGGCUACAAAGCCGGAAAAGGGGAAGAUAGUCAGAGACUGAAUGCGGUGGUGCCUCAGCCAUGGGAGGUCGUCGAGGGCCACAAUGUUGCGCCACGUAGGCUCGACAUCGGUAGAGUAGAUGGCCUCGACACCAAUCAGGUCGUUGCGUGGGAACUUGCGGUGCUUGUGCAUCUCGGUCAUGCGCGACUCGUGCCAGUAUUUGGACGAGUGGUUCCACACGUAGCGCGGCAGAUCAGUAAGCAGGGUGGGCUGCUUGGCCGUCGAGGUGUUCAGGUUCAAUGGGAUGGUCGAAGUCGCCGGGGCGUGGAGGUGACUGGGGAAGUUGACAGCAUCCAUGUUGAGGAAAGCACCCUUCAUGAAGAGGUUACCGGCCAGGUCGAGGGCCGUGUCGACGGCAUCCUUGUUGCGGACCAGAGCCGAAGCGUAUGGGAGCUUGGGACGACCGGCGGCAGCGAGGAUCUGCUUGAUGGGGCCUUGAAGCGCCGAGUGGGGACCGAUCUCGAUGAGGGUGCUGACACCGCCGUCUUCGGGCUUGGCCUCGAGCAUACCGCUGAGAGCCUCGGAGAAGCGGACGGGGCAGGUCAGGUUCUCGACCCAGUAGGAGGCAGUACACUUGUAGCCCUCGACGCGCUUGCCAAACAGAGACGAGUGGAACUGGACCUCCGUGUUCCUCGGCUUGGACAGGUGCUCUAUCGAGUCGCGGUACUCGUCGGCCACGAGGUUCAUGUGGUGCGAGUGGUAGGCGACGUCGACCUGCAGCUUGCGGCGGAACAUCUCAGGCUGCUCCUCCUCGAUGACGCGCUCGAGGUCGUUCAGCACAGAGGCGUCACCGGAGAUGGUCAGACUGGAAGGACUGUUGAAGCAGGCGAUGCGGACCUCGUGCUGCUUGCGCUUUACGGCAUCAAUCAUGGGCUGCAUCUGGGAUUCGGAGCCACCGACGGCCAUCAUGCCGCCGGCAAGAUCGGGGAACCGGGCCUUGAGGACGGGGAUCAGCCGACCUCUGUGGUAGGCGAUGGCCACGGCCGAGUCAAAGUUGAUGAUGCCGGCGGCAUAGGCGGCGCAGAUCUCACCGGACGAGUGGCCCGCGACGGCGACGGGCGUCACGCCCCAGGAUCUGAGGAGGUCCGUGAUGGCCAACUGGACGGCUGUGCAGGCGGGCUGACUGAUGUGUGCCUCGGACACCUUGGAAGUCUUUCCGUCCUUGCUCAGCUCCUCCAGCAGCGACCACGAAGCACCGAGCUCCUUGAGUUUGGCAUCGGCACGGUCCAUGGCGGCCGCAUAGACGGGAUACGAGUCAUAGAGCUCACGGCCCAUACCGUGCCACUGAGCGCCUUGACCAGUAAACACGAAUCCUAUCCUGGGGGCCUCGGGCUGCGUCUUGGCCGAUGCCACCUUGCCCGAGUUUAG